AUGGACCAGCUCUCCCUCAUUGCGGGAAGCAUUGGGCUUCUGCUGGCCCCCAUCCUGAGUCUGUAUACCCUGCAAAAUAUCAGCUACUGGGCCGUUCGAUUGAUAACAACCGAUCAUCGACCCCUCUCUCAUGGCUAUAAGGACCGAGAUGGGGAGGCGGCCCCCGACGUGUCCCAGCAGACCGCACAGCGGCCUCUUCGCAUGGUGAUCUUAGCCCUGGUGCUCGUGGGAACGGCUGUUUCGGGCUUGCAAACAGGCAUGGUAGCCCGUCCUUUGGCCAAUCGAGCGAACUUGGUGUGUUGGGCGGGGGUCGGAAUCUGGGUCUGUCUCCUGCUCCAAUGCACGGCGCUUGCAGCCUUCCAUGCAAACCUCAUUGCAGACGAUCCGAAUACCACCUUGGUCGUACUCGCCGGGGUGGAGGGCUCAGUUGGCGCAACCGUCGGACUUCUCUGCCUAGCGCGGGCCAUCAUCCCGCAGCCCAAGGUUAUGAUUCUGGACGAGGCAACGGCCUCGGUGGGACAAGGCCACAGACGCCCUCAUCCAACGCAGCCUGCGCUCCGCCCUGGGCCAGCGCCAGACAACACUGCUGGUUAUUGCGCACCGGCUGAGGACGGUCACGGAUGCGGACACGCUGCUGGUUCUGGAGAGUGGGCGGAUCGUGGAGUCGGGGAGCCCGCGCGAGCUGCUGCUGCUGCGUGGGGAUGGCUGUUUCCGGGGCAUGGUGGCGCAGGAUCCGGAGAGGGAGAUGCUCGAACGGGUUAUUCUGGGGGGGAUGAUGCUUUCCGGAGCAUCAACUACGAAACAGGAAUUGAAGCACAGAUACAUGAUCUUCGCUUUCUUGGUCGUACUCUGAUGAUCCUCCUAUUGCUUCUUCUUGACAGUCUGGGUAUUCUUUCUCCAGCCUCAGUGAAGGACGCUCGCCAGCUGAACACACCCAAGGUAGCUGUCAGUGCAGGUGCUCAAUCAAAAUCUCCCCUCCCCUCCUCCUUCUAUCCCAUGGCAAUCCAUGCCCACGAUGUUCGAAAUCUGGUCAACGGAAAUGUCGCGGGAGAUCAAAUUGGAGGAAGCAAAUUCGGAGGCGAUCAAGUUGCGGGCAACAAGAUCACGAUUGAAAUGCGCAAUCUCAUAUUCGAUCCCGCGAUUCUAACACAGCUCGGAGUAAAGAACCCGGACGGCGGUAUCUCGGACGAUCUUCAAGGAAUUUGUCAACUGGUCGCGAGCAUGAUUCUUGCUGAGCUUGAGGAAAACCGUUCGAAGCCAUCACACACCAUUGUCGGGAUACCGGAAACGAGACGCGCCCUCGAAGAAUUCCACACGUUACGCUACACUGCCACGUUCGACACGAGCAAAGGAGGUCCUGGGAUCAAUCUUUCCGAUAUACUCCCACUUCUAGCCAUGCCGACCCUGGCUGAUCCGGAAGCGACCCUCCACUACUAUGCCCUAAUGCGCAAGAUUCGACGCCGGAAGGAAGGCCAUACAACUUGUUCUCUGCGACAAUCUCGGCGACUCCAGGACCGGGUAGCAGAGUCUCACUCCUCUCUACUCCUUGUCAAAGGCUCCUUUCCUACUCGUCCUCCGCUCAGAGACUUUGCUGCAGGCAUGAUAGGUCUGCUCCAAAAAGAGAAGGCUAUUGUUGCUUGGGUCCUUCAGGCCAAGAGUCAGCCACCACAUGCGUAUGAUACCCUGGAUAUUUUGAAACAGCUUGUCUCGCAGAUCCUGCAGCAAACUCCAGCGACGGUCAACGAACGCAGCGCUUCGCUAACCGCGAGGAGGAUUCGGGAUGCAUCGACUCCAGAAGACUGGUUCAGCGUAUUGGGAUCGGUCCUAGGAGGUAUUAAGCAAGUCUACCUGGUGAUCGAGACGGAGGCUUUUGCGGACCGGGCAAAGGAGUAUGGAUGGUCAGGUCAAUUCGCGAGUUUAUUCAAUGAGUUACAGGCACGUCGGAUCUCCACCACUGUAAAGGCCAUUUUUAUCAGCUGUUGCAAACCCAUAGUGAGACAGUUUGAGGCCGAUUGUGGCACGGUGAUCGACGCUGGCUGA